CCGCGCGACGCGACAGAGGAGAACAGAGCCUCAGUUUCUGAGAAAAUUCAGAGACACUGUGGAGUGUUCUUCUUCUUCGUCGUCGUCGUCUGCUGGGUGGAAGAAGGAAUCGAAAUUCAGAGAGUGCGUAACGCACGGAACGUUGAAUUAGGGUUUCUCUGCAACUACUGUAAAGCUGGAUAGGCACAGAGGAGACCGUUAUGGCGACAACGACAUCGAUGACCCAGAAUCUCACUCUUACUACGGUGUUCGUAACUCAAGAGGUCCUUCUCGCUUCUCCGACGCUCCUAUGAAUCAUCAUAACCAUAACCACCACCACAAUCCUCGCCGUAGCCCCAACAAUUUCCGUGGUCCCUCACACCGUAAUUUUGAAAGCCCCCCGCACCGUUCUCCUGGCGCCGGUGGAGGGUUCCGGCCGGUGGGGGGAGAUGCCGGAUUCGGGGGAGGCGGAGGUGGGGGGUUUUCUUCAAAUUACCAGGGCCCACCGCCUCUUUCUGGGCAGAAACGAGGGUUUCCUUUUUCUGGCCGUGAAGGUUCUCCUGAAGGAUUUGAUAGAGGCAAUUUUGCAAAACUCUUUGUUGGGUCAGUUCCGAGGACCGCCACCGAGGAAGAUAUUCGCCCUUUGUUUGAAGAACACGGAAAUGUGGUAGAGGUUGCUUUGAUUAAAGAUAAAAAAACAGGACAACAACAAGGUUGCUGUUUUAUAAAAUAUGCAACAUCAGAAGAAGCUGACAGGGCUAUUAGAGCCUUACAUAAUCAACAUACUCUUCCUGGGGGAGUGGGUCCUAUUCAAGUUCGAUAUGCUGAUGGCGAACGAGAGCGCCUUGGCGCGGUAGAGUACAAAUUGUUUGUGGGAUCUUUGGACAAGCAGGCCACAAAAAAGGAUGUUGAGGAAAUAUUUUCACAAUAUGGUCGAGUAGAAGAUGUUUAUCUCAUGCGUGAUGAGAUGAGGCAAAGUCGUGGAUGUGGAUUUGUUAAGUACUCUCAGAGGGAGAUGGCGUUAGCAGCUAUAAAUGCUCUAAAUGGAUCCUACACGAUGAGAGGUUGUGAUCAACCAUUGACUGUACGGUUUGCUGACCCUAAAAGGCCCAGGCCUGGAGAUUCAAGGGUUCCUGCUUUUGGAGGCCCAGGUUUUGGACCUAGAUUUCAAGCACCAGGAACCAGACCAGUACCAAAUUUUGGUGACCCUAUUAGGGAUCGAAAUACGUCUAAUGCUUGGCACCCAAUGAGUCCCCCAAACAUGGGGCCAUCACCUAAUGCUAAUAUUCAUGGCUUUGGAGGCCAGUUGCAUUCAAGGUCUGGUGACAUGGCCUUGCCUGUGACGGGUGGCCAUGGUGGUCCAGCGGAUAGCUCCCUACGAGCGACUUUUAACCAGUCUAUGCCACAAGUAGCUCCAGUUGGUCAGCAAAUAUCUCCAUCACAGAAGCCUCCUCAAUCACCUCAGCAAUUGCCUCCUUCCUUUCAACUUCAUCCACAGAUCCCAGCUUCUUAUUCACAAGCACAAAGCUCCGUUGCAUCACUGCAGCAGCUUGGUCAGCCACGUGUUCCUUAUUCUUCUGGUCAAAUGCCCAUGAGUCAACCACUUGACUCACUGCCAUCACAGCAGUUGCUCAGUUCGAACGGUUUGCAAUCCAUUCAUCAGCCUCAGAUCCAGCAGAGUACCAACCAUGGCACUGUUCUGCAACAACUUCCUCAGCCUCUUCAACAAUCUUCUUCACAUUUAGCUCAGAUGAUGUCACAACAAAAACAAGCUCUUCAGGCAAGCUUUCAGUCUUCUCGGCAGGUAGUCUCUCAGCUACAACAACAGUUGCAGCUGAUGCAACCACCGAAUCAAGGUUCAAUCUUGCAGCAGACUACCCAGGAUAUCAAGCAGCAGCAGUGGCCUGGGACUGUUCCACAGGCAGUUACCAGCAUACUUCCAGCUACAGGAUCUGUAGAUGUGCCUUCAUCCACAUCUGCUUCUCCUGCUAUACCUGCUACGAACCAGGCUUUAGCUCCUGUAAAAUGUUCCUGGACUGAGCACACCUCUCCUGAUGGAUACAAAUACUAUUACAGUAGUGUCACUGGUGAAAGCAAGUGGGAGAAACCUGAGGAGCUGAUAUUGUACGAGCAACAGCAACAGCAGCAGCAGCAAAAGGCAUUAGUUGUGCAGCCUCGUUCUCAGUCACUCCCUCAACUUCAAACUGCCCAGCAAAUUCCACAAACGCAGCAGAUACAGCUUCAAACACAGUUCCAAAUGCAGGUUCAACAGCAGUUGCCUCAGCCUUCUUUAUCUUCGACCUAUCGGGCUCCUGGGAUGAUGGGUCAUCAAAAUAUGCAGGGGCAUCAGCAGCAUGCUCCGGAGUGGAUGUGGAAGAACAAGCCAGCAGGUUCUUAUCAAUUCCCUACUGGUUCGGGAGCUUGAAGAUGAGCAAGAAGAAGAUAAAGAGAAUUUAAGGUGGCACGUGAGCGAAAAGUGUAGCUGCUCGUGGCCAUGGCGGCCAGAUUUUGAGCUCUUUUAGCUGUUAAAUUCACAUGUAACGUUGAUGUUCUUAAUUCUCGCUGUUGAGCUUUUACUGUCUAAAAUUAACCCUAGUGCCAUUUGUAGUACAGUAGGUAAUAGAAAUACAAGUAUAUCUCUUCCAUUCACUUUGUAACAUAAAAUAAUUUGGUCAUAAAUUAGAUUUUUAUUUAGUUCAACAUACAUCAUGACAACUGUUAAACUAUAAAGUUUACACUAUUCAAUUC